AAAUCAGUUUUUAAAAAACAGGCUUAGGGAUACGUACAAAAUACCGAUUCCGUGCAGAACGAGUUUUAGCAAUGAUUAUUUUAUUUUAUUUGUUGCAAGCGACAUAGAUUGCAGACAGCUUGUCAAAAAAGAAGCAUGAAUGUCGACGUGAGGUGGUUUCAUCCACCAAACAAUAAGACACCCUUAUUAUGGAUAUUUUUCGCUUAUAUAGUAACUAUCAUCGUUUCCUGUUUGAGCAAGUUGUGGAUGGAGCUGUUAAACAAAACCUUCUUUUACAACAGAGAACAGUUCAUAACUUUGAUAGAAAAACGGCCGAGUAGAAAGGGGCUGGUAACUGUUAGUAACCAUUACUCAUGUCUGGAUGAUCCUUGUAUAUGGAGUAUAAGAAAAUGGAAACAUCUACUUGCAGGCACAAAGUAUUUAAGGUGGAUUCCCACAGCUCAUGAUAUUUGUUUUACCAAUAACUUUUCAUCAUUAUUUUUUUCUCUUGGCAAAUGCGUUCCUGUUGUACGGGGAGAUGGAGUGUACCAGAGAGGUACAAAUUUCUGUCUGGAAAAACUUAACAAGGGUGAUUGGAUACAUGUAUUUCCUGAAGGUAAAGUCAAUGCAGAACAUCUGAGAAUGAGGCUGAAGUGGGGAGUUGGUAGACUCAUAGCAGAAUGUGACACGCCUCCAAUAGUAUUACCUAUGUAUCAUAUGGGUUUAGAUGACGUUCUUCCCAACAGAUCACCAUAUAUUCCUCAGAUAAGAAAA